GGAGGCUAUGAGGUGACACAUAUCCGUUGUAACAAGAGAUUCCCAAAAGGAACCUUAAGAGUAAAAAGUCACUACCUCUGAUCAGGCAUCAUCAGCUUUCUCGGGGCAACGCGCGGCUGAGAUAUAAGGUUUUUUGUGAAUUUCGACCCAGGGAAGGGAUUCCCCUAAAAGAUUCCCAUCUUAAAGUAUCCCUUACAUCACAACCUACCAAAAGAUCAAAAUUUAUUUAGGGGCAGGCCUGCCCUGAAGGACUUCUAGGCCAAAAUUCAUGCAAAAAGCUGUGCUUUAAGAAACAAUAUGCUGUUUUGGUCAACUUUAGAGAUACUUAUUUCAUAGAAUUCUUGUGAUUCCGAAGAAUGGCAGACAAAGAUGUUCCUCUACAUGAUGCUAUCAAACCCCUACAAUGGCUGUUAGGCAAAUGGAAAGGCGAUGGAAAAGGUAUAUAUCCCACCAUCGAGGAUUUUGACUACCUUGAAGAUUUAGAAUUUUACCAUGUUGGCCAACCCAUGCUCCAAUUUAGCUUUUCCUCUGUAAACAAGGCGACAAAUAAACCACUUCACAGAGAAGCAGGAUUUCUUAGAAUCAAACCUGGAACAAAUAAAAUUGCCUUCAUAUCUUCACACAACAAUGGUGUCAGUGAAAUGGCAGAGGGGACAGUGGACAGUCAGUGUGUUAAUGUUGAAUCACACACUCUAGGCAGAAUGAGUUUUGGGAAAGACCCCAAAACAAAAAAGUUAAAGAGGACGAUGAAUCUUGAUGGAGACACGCUACACCAGAUUUUAUACAUGGAAACAGAUGUUACUCCUCUUACAGAACAUCUUCGAGCAACAUACAAGAAAGUUUAAAUUUCGUAAAACUCCUUGUUUGAAUUUGAACGGUUUUAACAUUCUAAACUUAAAAAAAUAUUCAGUUUAUUACUGUGCAUGUUUACUCAUUGAAAUCAUAAAAUAUGUACAAUAGUGUAUCCUUGAAUAAUUUCAAUAAAGAAAAGUGGAGAUGG